GGCGCCCCCGCUCCCGCUCCGCGCUGGGAAGCGGGGGCGGCAGGAGGGGCAGGCGACGCUAGCCGCGCUCGCCGCUCCGCAGUCGCUGCAGCCGCCGCAGCGUCGGGACCGGGACCAGCGAAGCCCGCGGAGGAGCUGCCGCCGCCGUGUCCUCGCGGCGCGAGGCACCCGGAGCGGCAGCGAGACCCGCUUCAGCACCGCGGACAGCGCCCGCCGCCCGGGCCGCGCUCCAGGGACCCACGCGCUCCGGGGGCUGCCCGGCUGGCCGAAGCCUCGCGGCACGCGUCCCUCUCGCGGGUGUCGCAGAACUAAGGCUCCCGGGGAAGACGCGGCGCCCUCCGUCCGCGGGAUCGGGCGCGCGCAGGACGGCCGGGGCUUCCCGCUGGGGAUGCACGGACGGCCCCGUGUUCGCGCCGCCCAGAGCCAGGGCGCUGCCCGGAGCCCAUGAGCACCAUGCGCCUGCUGACUCUCGCCCUGCUUUUCUCCUGCUCCUUCGCCCGCGCCGCCUGCGACCCCAAGAUCGUCAACAUCGGCGCGGUGCUGAGCACGCGGAAGCACGAGCAGAUGUUCCGCGAGGCUGUGAAUCAGGCCAACAAGCGGCAUGGCUCCUGGAAGAUCCAGCUCAACGCCACCUCCGUCACCCACAAGCCCAACGCCAUCCAGAUGGCCCUGUCUGUGUGCGAAGACCUCAUCUCCAGCCAGGUCUACGCCAUCCUAGUUAGCCACCCACCUACCCCCAACGACCACUUCACACCCACCCCCGUCUCCUACACAGCCGGCUUCUACCGCAUCCCCGUCCUGGGGCUGACCACGCGCAUGUCCAUCUACUCAGACAAGAGCAUCCACCUGAGCUUCCUGCGCACCGUGCCGCCCUACUCCCACCAGUCCAGCGUCUGGUUCGAGAUGAUGCGCGUCUACAGCUGGAACCACGUCAUCCUCCUGGUCAGCGACGACCACGAAGGGCGGGCGGCCCAGAAACGCCUGGAGACGCUGCUGGAGGAGCGCGAGUCCAAGAGUAAAAAAAGGAACUAUGAAAACCUCGACCAACUGUCCUAUGACCACAAGCGCGGACCCAAGGCGGAGAAGGUGCUGCAGUUCGACCCGGGGACCAAGAACGUGACGGCCCUGCUGAUGGAGGCGCGGGAGCUGGAGGCCCGGGUCAUCAUCCUCUCCGCCAGCGAGGACGACGCUGCCACCGUGUACCGCGCAGCCGCGAUGCUGAACAUGACGGGCUCGGGGUACGUGUGGCUGGUGGGGGAGCGCGAGAUCUCGGGGAACGCCCUGCGCUACGCCCCGGACGGCAUCAUCGGGCUGCAGCUCAUCAACGGCAAGAACGAGUCGGCGCACAUCAGCGACGCCGUGGGCGUGGUGGCCCAGGCCGUGCACGAGCUACUCGAGAAGGAGAACAUCACCGACCCGCCGCGGGGCUGCGUGGGCAACACCAACAUCUGGAAGGCCGGGCCGCUCUUCAAGAGGGUGCUGAUGUCUUCCAAGUACGCAGACGGGGUGACCGGCCGCGUGGAGUUCAAUGAGGACGGGGACCGGAAGUUUGCCAACUACAGCAUCAUGAACCUGCAGAACCGCAAGCUGGUGCAAGUGGGCAUCUACAACGGCACGCACGUCAUUCCCAACGACAGGAAGAUCAUCUGGCCGGGCGGAGAGACCGAGAAACCGCGCGGCUAUCAGAUGUCCACCAGGCUGAAGAUCGUGACGAUCCACCAGGAGCCCUUUGUGUAUGUCAAGCCUACGCUGAGCGACGGCACGUGCAAGGAGGAGUUCACCGUUAACGGGGACCCGGUCAAGAAGGUGAUCUGCACCGGGCCCAAUGACACGUCGCCGGGCAGCCCGCGCCACACUGUGCCUCAGUGCUGCUACGGCUUCUGCAUCGAUCUGCUCAUCAAGCUGGCGCGGACCAUGAACUUCACUUAUGAGGUUCACCUGGUGGCCGACGGCAAGUUCGGCACGCAGGAGCGGGUAGGAGUGGUCCCUAGGAGCCGGCGCAGGACCGGGGCCUGCUCCCUGGAGGGUCUUCGGCGGGCGGGGCCUGAGCCUGGGAGGAGUCUGGAGUGGGUGACCCAUGAGAUGGGUCGGGGUGGGAGCCUGUCUGGGGAGUGGGGUCCGCGGUGUCCGCGUCCCCACCGGCGGGUCGCCCCACAGGUGAACAACAGCAAUAAAAAGGAAUGGAACGGGAUGAUGGGCGAGCUGCUCAGCGGGCAGGCGGACAUGAUCGUGGCCCCGCUGACCAUCAACAACGAGCGCGCGCAGUACAUCGAGUUCUCAAAGCCCUUCAAGUACCAGGGCCUGACCAUUCUGGUCAAGAAGGAGAUCCCCCGGAGCACGCUGGACUCGUUCAUGCAGCCCUUCCAGAGCACGCUGUGGCUGCUGGUGGGGCUGUCUGUGCACGUGGUGGCCGUGAUGCUGUACCUGCUGGACCGCUUCAGCCCCUUCGGCCGGUUCAAAGUGAACAGCGAGGAGGAGGAGGAGGAUGCGCUGACCCUGUCUUCGGCUAUGUGGUUCUCCUGGGGCGUCCUGCUCAACUCAGGCAUCGGGGAAGGUGAGGCGACGCCAGGCCAGGGCCCCGUCCCGCCCCGCCGCCCGCCCCGAGCUGACGGUCCUCUGCCCGCAGGCGCCCCCAGAAGCUUCUCGGCGCGCAUCCUGGGCAUGGUGUGGGCGGGGUUCGCCAUGAUCAUUGUGGCAUCCUACACCGCCAACCUGGCAGCCUUCCUGGUGCUGGACCGGCCGGAAGAGCGCAUCACCGGCAUCAACGACCCGCGACUGCGGAAUCCCUCGGACAAGUUCAUCUACGCGACGGUGAAACAGAGCUCGGUGGACAUCUACUUCCGGCGGCAGGUGGAGCUGAGCACCAUGUACCGCCAUAUGGAGAAGCACAACUACGAGAGCGCCGCGGAGGCCAUCCAGGCCGUGCGCGACAACAAGCUGCACGCCUUCAUCUGGGACUCGGCGGUGCUGGAGUUCGAGGCCUCGCAGAAGUGCGACCUGGUGACCACGGGCGAGCUCUUCUUCCGCUCUGGUUUCGGCAUCGGCAUGCGCAAGGACAGCCCCUGGAAGCAGAACGUCUCCCUGUCCAUCCUCAAGUCCCACGAGAACGGCUUCAUGGAAGACCUGGACAAGACGUGGGUUCGGUACCAGGAGUGCGAUUCGCGCAGCAACGCCCCUGCUACCCUCACCUUCGAGAAUAUGGCAGGGGUCUUCAUGCUGGUGGCUGGAGGCAUCGUGGCUGGGAUCUUCCUGAUCUUCAUCGAGAUCGCCUAUAAACGGCACAAGGACGCCCGGCGGAAGCAGAUGCAGCUGGCGUUUGCGGCAGUGAACGUGUGGAGAAAGAACCUGCAGGAUAGAAAGAGUGGUAGAGCAGAGCCCGACCCUAAAAAGAAAGCCACACUUAGGGCUAUCACCUCCACCCUGGCCUCCAGCUUCAAGAGACGUAGGUCCUCCAAAGACACGGUAAGGGGAAGAGCGCCCAGUCCCACGUGUCCGACUCUCCCCUCGCCCCCGUGUCUGUGUCCCGUGCGUCAGGCCCGCCCUCGCCAUCCCACCAUCCGCCUCCGCCCGCGUGGCCCUUCUGCGCUCACCGCUGCCCGCCCGGCACACUAGGGCCUCUCUCGGACUCUGGGCCCCUCUCUCGGCCCUCGCCCGCGGGCCCGCCCGCUGGGUUGUCUUCCCCGUGUGUCUCUGCGUUAGUCUGCCCCCCGUGCCAUGAUGCCACGCGCCAUCUUAAAGCCAUGUCAUGUCGUUGGUCAGCCGGCCAGCCUCCCCACUCAGGGCUGUGCCCGCAGCCCCGGGCGCACAGGGCCACCCCGUCCCGGGCUCCUCAGCCGUCAGGAGGCCACACCACCUCCCUGUCGCGCCCGUCCCUCCAGCUUCUCCCAGGCAGAGGCCCACUGCCCUCGCUCCCUCCCUGCGACGUCCGUGGAGGGGAGCCUGUGGCGUCCCACCGUCCAUCUGUCUGGCUGCCAGCCCUGCCACCCAGACGCCUGUCUCUCGUGCCUCACCAGAGCCAUGCCUGUCGCAUCCCCUCCGUGUGGUCUCUGUGUGGGCCGGGGCUGGGGGGCCGGGCCCGGCUCCAUCUGGGUGGACGGCUGGGGCCUGGAGUUGGCACAGGCCCCUGGCCACAGGGGCCGUCAGAUGGGGAACGGGUGGGACCAGAGGCGGCAGCUCCCACCCCAGGCCGAGCAGGGGCCCUGCGGGAGGCGUGCUGGCAGCACCUGGGGGUCUGAGAAUGGGGCGGGGGGGUGGCCCCGAAAGCUGUGGCUGGCAAGCCUUGGGCACCGAGGCUCAGGGAGGGGAGACCCCCAUGUAGGGGAGCAGUGCUUCAGCGCCUGACCCCCAGCCCCUUCAGAGCCUGAGCCAAGGGUUCCCUGCCUUCCCGCCUGGGCAGCCUGUCUCUGUCCCAGGUGUGUGUGCUUGAACCCCAGGCCUCCAAGACUGGCCUAGCCCUGCUGGGAGCGUCCCCGGGCGAGGAGGGCCCGCCCAGGGCCAGCACAGCCCUCAGCCCAUCAGCUUCCCCGCGGUUCAGGGGCGGCUUGUCCUCCUGUCCACAAGGAGCCCCCAGUUCACAGGCAGCAUCACCCCAGCCUUACGAUCCAGGUGGAAGCAGGAUUUGUAGCCCCUGCCCACAGCGCGAGGGAAGAGGGGCAGGCGCAGGACAGACAGGGCGCAGCGCAGAGCCAUCCAGGUCUGGGGUGAGGUCACCGCCUGCCCCAAAGGGGCCCGUGAGGCCAGGCUACUCCACUGCUAGGGCUCAGCACAGGCAGAGUGGCUGGACAGGGGCGGCCCGAGGGGCUGAGCACAGGCCUGGAGCCCUGCAGCUCGGGAACUGGGUGGGGCCUGAGCCAGGGGCCCCGCCGGGGGCUGGGAGGGCCAGCAAGGACCAGUGGUGGGGCAGCCGGGGAGGGGGCGCCCAGCAGACAGAGCUCUGGGGCCAGGCAGGCGAAAGGAGGGGCAGGAGAGUUACAUAGGCAGUGGGCCACUUUCCGAGGGCAACAGAAUCCCACCCCCGUCCCGGCCCAGAGCCCACUCACAAGCCCCUUAGCUGGCCUGGGCGCAGCUCAGAGACCCUCAGGGUGCCUGUCCCGGGACACGCUCCCAGCAGACUCCUUGCCCGAGCCUCCCCGGGGACCACCCUCCAGGCCAGCUCUGGUGCCACGUGGCAUCUGGGGCUGGCCGGCCCUGCAGGGAUGACUGGGGACACUGCCAGCUGGGGGCUGGGCAGGGGAGGGCAGCCCAGCCCCCCCACCGUUUCCGGCUGGGCACCUGCUCGGAGGGAGGCCUGGGUGGGGGGCUCUGUUGGGAGGGGUGGGGUCAGUGCGGCCGCUGAGAUGCGCUGCCCCUGUCCCGUGGCUGGUCUGGGCCAGGGCGGCACUGGGCGCUCAGGGCUGGGUCCCUGGCGGCCGGCGGGGCCAGCGGGUAUUGAUUGUUGGUUCUUAUUUAUAGAGCACCGGGGGUGGACGCGGCGCUUUGCAAAACCAAAAAGACACAGUGCUGCCGCGACGCGCUGUUGAGAGGGAGGAGGGCCAGCUGCAGAUGUGUGCCCGGCAUAG